AUGGAAUUAUUUUUAAUUCCGUUGUUAUUAUUAAUGCUGAAAAAUUAUUAUUACUGCAAAGCAGAAUUUACUUUUCAUUUUAACAAAUUCUUACAAAGAAAUUAUGGAUCAAAAGUUCAAAAAAGUUUAGAAAGGCUCGAUUUAGGAUUUAAUUAUGGAGGAAGUUUUGGUGGCAAAUUGGAUGAUAACGAUGAUGUCAAGCGAAAGGCAGUACUUUUUGUUCAUGGAGCACUUUCCAGUGCUCAAAUAUUUUUACAACACCGGUAUUACUUCAUUCAACAGGGAUAUUCUUGGUCCGAACUUUAUGCUACCUCAUAUGGUGAUGGCUUCAGCUCAACAAUUUUUGAUGGAGUUCAUUGCAAGUAUAUUAAGCAGAUUCGAUUAAUGCUAAUAGCUUUGAAUAAUUACACAGGCAAAAGUGUUGAUAUCAUUGCCCACUCUAUGGGUUCAGCGGUUUCGAGAAAGGCUAUUUUAGGUGGUCAUUGUUGCGAUACUAAUGAAUUUCUAGGUGAUGCCUUGACCCCAAUUGUGAAUACUUUUAUUUCUAUUGCUGGUGCAAAUUACGGUUUGGAAAUAUGCCCACAAAUUAUUACUAUUUGUAACAAUAUAUCAUCGCUGAAUUGCAACUCUAAGCUUAUGAAAGAAUUAAAUUCGCAAGGCAGUCGAUUUGAAGGACGCAAUUCUUACGAUAUUUAUGGCCUUAGUGAUUCCAUAAUCGGUCAUACUUGCUGUAAUAACAGAUGUGCUAUUCUAUCAAAUCAUAAUGCAUCGUUUGAGAUCAGUAACUUAGAUCAUUACUCACUUUUAUCGCAAACUCUUGCAUUACAACUAUCACUGCUAAAACAGUCAGAUAACCGAGAUCGUAGUAACAGUAUUACUGAUGUCGAUGAUGAGGAUGCUGAAGAUGAAGCAUAUCAUUCACGCUAUUUUCUUGUGACAUAUUCAGAAAUAAAAGAAAGCAAUAAUAUUUGUAUGCAUAUUACUAUUUUUGUGCUAAAAAUUAUAUUAUUUCUGUUAUUUUCUUUAAUUAAUCAAACACAGACAGUGUUUACAAAUGAUUUUAAUAAAUUUCUGAUUGAAAAUUAUGGUGAAGAAAUGCAAAAAAAAUUGGAAAGAAUAGAUGUUGGACCAGGAAUGAUUGGAAGUUUUGGUGGCAAAGUAAAAUCAGAGGAUAAAUUGAGCAAACGUAUCAGAAACUUCAUUAUUGCUGUACAUGAAUAUACACAAAAAAAAGUUGACAUAAUCGCAUUUUCACUUGGUGUACUCAUUUCGAGAAAGGCUAUUUUGGGUCAAAAAUGCUUGGACACAGGCGAACAACUUGGACAUAGCAUCACUUUUAUGGUAGAAACAUUUAUUGCUAUUGGUGGCGUUGCGAACGGAUUACAAUUUUGCAAACAAAGUGAAAAAAGUUGUAAGGAUAAAAAUUCUAUGCGAUGCAAUUCUUUAUUACUGGAAGAAUUGAAUUCGCAACCAAAUCGUUAUGAAGGUAAUAAUUCUUACGCUCUUUUUUCUUUUGGUGAUCGUGUUUUAGGAUUAAAAUGUUGCAAAAAUUUGUGUGGUCAGCUGCGCAAUGCAGUUUUUACGAUUGGUUUUCCAAAUAUGGACCAUUUUACACUUUCCUCAGCUACCAAAGAUAUUCAGCUAUAUUUAUUAGAAAAGCAUCCGACUAGUGAUAAUUUGCAUAAUGAUAUUGUAUUUAGUGAGAAAAUUGAAAUUUAUAUGUGA